GCCCUCAAAGCCCCGCCGGGAGGCGUGGCCAGGGACGCCGGGGGCGUGGCCAGGGACGCCGGAAGCGCGGCGCGGCUCCACGGAACUGGCGAGGUCGCACGCUCGCGGACCAUGGCGGCUCGGGUGAAGCGCCGGCGGGUGACCGGGCCUGAAGGCUGUGGCCACGGCCUCGACCGGGACCCGGACCCAGUGGCCGGCUUCCUGCGCUGGUGCGGGCGCGUGGGGCUGGAGCUGAGCCCCAAGGUGGCGGUGAGCCGGCAGGGCACGGUGGCCGGCUACGGCAUGGUGGCCCGGGAGAGCGUGCAGGCCGGGGAGCUGCUGUUCGCGGUGCCGCGGGCCGCGCUCCUGUCGCAGCACACCUGCUCCAUCGGCGACCUCCUGGAGCGAGAGCGGGGCGCGCUGCAGAGCCAGUCGGGCUGGGUGCCGCUGCUGCUGGCGCUCCUCCACGAGCUGCAGGCUCCGGCCUCACCCUGGAGCCCCUACUUUGCGCUCUGGCCCGAGCUGGGCCGCUUGGAGCAUCCGAUGUUCUGGCCGGAGGGGGAGCGCCGGCGGUUGCUGCAGGGGACAGGGGUCCCCGAGGCCGUGGAGAAGGAUUUGGCCAACAUCCGCAGCGAGUACCAUUCCGUCGUGCUGCCCUUCAUGGAAGCCCACCCCGACCUUUUCAGCCCCAGGGUUCGCUCCCUGGAACUCUACCAGCAGCUCGUGGCUCUCGUGAUGGCCUAUAGCUUUCAGGAACCCCUGGAGGAAGAGGAUGAUGAAAAGGAACCAAACCCCCCCUUGAUGGUGCCUGCCGCAGACAUACUAAACCACGUAGCCGAUCACAAUGCCAAUCUAGAGUACUCUCCAAACUGUCUUCGGAUGGUGGCUACUCAGCCUAUUCCCAAAGGCCAUGAGAUUUUCAACACUUACGGGCAAAUGGCCAAUUGGCAGCUGAUUCACAUGUAUGGCUUUGCUGAGCCAUACCCUGACAACACAGAUGACACAGCUGACAUUCAGAUGGUGACAGUGCGAGAGGCAGCAUUACAGGGAGCAAGAGAUGAAGCUGAAAGGCUCCAGCUGUGGGAACGCUGGGAUUACUUAUGCGAACUAGAGAUGGUAGGGGAGGAGGGAGCCUUUGUGAUUGGGCGGGAAGAGGUGCUGACUGAAGAGGAACUGACCACCACACUCAAGGUCCUGUGCAUGUCUGCUGAGGAGUUCAGAGAGUUGAAAGAACAGGAUGGAUGGGGAGAUAAAAGGGAAGAGGACAGCCUGACGAUCACAAAUAUCCCCAGGCUCAAAGAAUCAUGGAGACAGCUUCUUCGGGACAGUGUUCUGUUGACCCUGCAAGCCUAUGCCACAGACUUAAAAGCUGAGCAAGAUUUACUCGGUAAUAAGGAUGUCUACAGCAAACUCAGCUGGAGGGAGCAGCAGGCCUUACAGGUUCGUUAUGGGCAGAAGAUGAUCUUACACCAGCUGUUGGAACUGACGGGUUAAAGCUAAGCGGAUUCCCUGCUACCUGAAGGAACAUCCCAUGAGAAGGACUUUUCUAAGCUGAUAUUCAUGGAUGCUUGAAAAGGAGGAAAAUUUGAUCUUUCCUUUUGGUGGUUAAUAAGAAAAGCCAAAGGAGCAAAGGUGUGCUGGGAUGAACUCUGAGGUAAGGGAACAUGUUUAAGGGUUGGGAACAGCAGACUUGGGAAUCUCUGCUAAUUGUCACCAAGACCAAUUACCCUCUCCCCCCCUUUUUUUAACUUCUUAAAACCAAAACACUUUAUAGCUGUUUUGUUCUCUGUUUGGACCAAAGUUAGCAGAAAUUUGAUUGUGGUAAUAAAAGGUCUUGUAGUCUAGUGUAGUGUUUAAUAACACGACCUUUGAAAGUAGACCUGGUUAAAAUUGAGUCUAUUUGGAACAGAAAAGACAUCCUCAAGUGGAUUCCCACCCCCCAAAGUUUAGGCCUGGUAACACUGUGUGUCGCUUUGACAAUUAACUGCUGCCUUAACUUUUUUAUGAUUUAAUAAGCUAUGUCACUGGCACUCAGAGCAUGUUUUAACUCCUCAGCAGUCUGAAGUUUGCUCUAGAUGGGACAACUCACCCUCAGGGAAGAAAUCCUGAGACACCAAUGACAUUCAAGCCCGCAUCAUGUAAGAUUUUCUAGUUAAUUUUGGACCUUUUUGUCCUCUCUGGCCAUAAACUUUUCUUUUAAAAUUAAAGGGCAUUUUGUAAUUGUUUAAUCAUAGAAACCUGCUCUAACAAUUUCUAUUGAAAAGGAACAGGAAGAAACACUAAAAAAAAAAAAGAAAAAGACUUUUUUUGCUUGUUUGAACAGGCCAAACAGGCUCAAAACUAGUGGGAAAGAUCUACCGUUUAGCAAAAAGCUGGUUCCCAAAGUCCCCAGGCUUUGCAAGGGGGGACCGUCAGCACUGGCUGCUGCUCCUGAGGAAAGGCACAGCGGACUGCAUGUGUGUCAUGACUUUAAUGCUGCACUGACUAGUCUGCACACACAAGAAGUAGGGGAGCUAACGGCCAAGAACUGGAAAGGCUACAGAGUAUAACACUGGACCAAUAUGUAUCCUUACAAAAGAGGUUGUGUUGGUCCUUUUGACUUUUUUUUGUUAUUCAUCUUAGCCUGGGAUAAAGGGGGAGGGCAGUUGAUACUAUUUGGUUCCCUUUCCUCAGUUUACAAGCAUCAGGAGAGAUUUGGGGUGGCGGGUGUGGUGGUGGUGGCGGUGCACGCUUUAGCCCUGGUGUGUUUCCCUUUGUAAAAAGAGCAUGUUCUCUAGCAGUCAACUUUAGAUCUGGGGCAGGGACAAAGCAAAUUGUAUGCUAAAUUCUAUCAUACUCACCAACUUUUGUGAUUUUCAAGGUCCAUAUUAAAAAAAUGUUAUAUAAUAUUUAAA